AUGCAGAUCUUUGUGAAGACCCUGACAGGCAAGACCAUCACCCUGGAGGUCGAGCCCAGUGACACCAUCGAGAAUGUCAAGGCAAAGAUCCAGGACAAGGAGGGCAUCCCCCCUGACCAGCAGAGGUUGAUCUUUGCCGGCAAGCAGCUGGAAGAUGGCCGCACCCUGUCCGACUACAACAUCCAGAAGGAGUCCACCCUGCACCUGGUCCUCCGCCUCAGGGGUGGGAUGCAGAUCUUUGUGAAGACCCUGACAGGCAAGACCAUCACCCUGGAGGUCGAGCCCAGUGACACCAUCGAGAAUGUCAAGGCAAAGAUCCAGGACAAGGAGGGCAUCCCCCCUGACCAGCAGAGGCUGAUCUUUGCCGGCAAGCAGCUGGAAGAUGGCCGCCCCCUGUCCGACUACAACAUCCAGAAGGAGUCUACCCUGCACCUGGUCCUCCGCCUCAGGGGUGGGAUGCAGAUCUUUGUGAAGACCCUGACAGGCAAAACCAUCACCCUGGAGGUCGAGCCCCGUGACACCAUCGAGAAUGUCAAGGCAUGGAUCCAGGACAAGGAGGGCAUCCCCCCUGACCAGCAGAGGCUGAUCUUUGCCGGCAAGCAGCUGGAAGAUGGCCGCCCCCUGUCCGACUACAACAUCCAGAAGGAGUCUACCCUGCACCUGGUCCUCCGCCUCAGGGGUGGGAUGCAGAUCUUUGUGAAGACCCUGACAGGCAAAACCAUCACCCUGGAGGUCGAGCCCCGUGACACCAUCGAGAAUGUCAAGGCAUGGAUCCAGGACAAGGAGGGCAUCCCCCCUGACCAGCAGAGGCUGAUCUUUGCCGGCAAGCAGCUGGAAGAUGGCCGCCCCCUGUCCGACUACAACAUCCAGAAGGAGUCUACCCUGCACCUGGUCCUCCGCCUCAGGGGUGGGAUGCAGAUCUUUGUGAAGACCCUGACAGGCAAAACCAUCACCCUGGAGGUCGAGCCCCGUGACACCAUCGAGAAUGUCAAGGCAUGGAUCCAGGACAAGGAGGGCAUCCCCCCUGACCAGCAGAGGCUGAUCUUUGCCGGCAAGCAGCUGGAAGAUGGCCGCCCCCUGUCCGACUACAACAUCCAGAAGGAGUCUACCCUGCACCUGGUCCUCCGCCUCAGGGGUGGGAUGCAGAUCUUUGUGAAGACCCUGACAGGCAAGACCAUCACCCUGGAGGUUGAGCCCAGUAACACCAUCAAGAAAAGCAAACAGGAAGAUGGACGCACCUUUCUCACUACACUGUCUAGAAAGAGCACACCUUGUGCUUGUUCUUGGGCUUGA